AUGAGCUCAUCAGGCCCGUCUCACGAAAUGUCCAAGCCCGGCAUCAUGGAUACGGACCAUGCUGGCAUUGGUCGUGACCAAGAGAUGGGCAGGGAGGAGCCGGAUCAACGACACAGGUCGACGUGGGAAGAUGCCCGCAACAUGCGUCGAAUGGGCAGAACCCAGGAACUGGUUCGGCAUUUCCGCUCGUGGUCCAUGGUAUCAUUCGUCGCCCUUGCAACCUCUGCGUGGGAGCUGACACUAUUCGGAAUCACGCCAGGCCUCACCGACGGCGGACGGCCUGUUCUGGUGUACGGCUUUCUCUGGAACUUUGUCGGCUUCGUCCCAGUCUAUCUCAGCAUGGCCGAAAUGGCCAGUAUUGCGCCCAUAGCUGGCGCUCAGUAUCACUGGGUCAGCGAGUUUGCCCCAGACAGGUACCAAAAGAUCUUGAGCUACGUGACGGGAUGGACCUCGACGCUUGCCUGGCAGGCUGGCAACGCCCAAGGCCUGUUCAUCGUCGGUUCGCUUGUACAGAGCGUCAUCGCAAUAAAUGACGGCACCUACUCGCCGGCCAACUGGCAUGGAACCCUUCUCGUCAUGGCCAUGACGGCUAUUGCGCUCUGCGCCAACGUCUUUGCCGCCAGACUGCUGCCGUAUUGGCAAAACGUCGUCUUUGUUGUUCACAUCUUGGCCUACUUUGGUUUUCUGGCUGCCGUCUGGGUCAACGCUCCGAGGGUCGAGUCGAGCCGAGUUUGGUCAGGCUUUGAAAACUCCGGAGGCUGGCCAAGCUUGUCAUUGGCCGUCUUGAUUGGCCAGAUGCCCGGAAUCACAGGACUCGUGGGUGUUGAUACGGCGGCGCACAUGUCAGAGGAAGUGAGAGACGCGGCAAAGAGCAUCCCAAGAGUCAUGCUCAUCACUUUUGCCAUCAACUUCACGCUGACCUUUGUCACGCUGGUGACUCUUUCGUAUCACAUAUCCAGUGUGACGGACGCGCUCGGCGAUGACACCACGUACCCGGCAAUCUACGUUUUGCGGAGGUCAAUGUCGCUGCCGUGGCUGAAUUUUAUGCUCGUCGUCAUUGUGCUUCUCCUCAUGCUUGGCAACCUGUCGUACUUGACCGCUGUCAGCCGUGACCUAUUUGCUUUUGCGCGCGACCGAGGGAUCCCUUUCUCGGGGUGGAUCGCACGCGUUGACAAGAAGCGAAGCAUCCCGACAAAUGCUUGCAUUCUGUCGGCGGGCGUGAGUGCGUGUCUUAGUCUGAUUUACAUUGGAAGCCCAGUCGCCUUCUACGCUCUCACCUCGCUUUGCAUCGUGUCCCUGCUGCAGUGCUACUCGCUGAGCAUUGGGUGCAUGCUAUAUCGACGCGUCUGCCACCCCGAGACAAUACCCUACGCCCAUUUCUCUCUGGGGAGAUACGGAGUGCCCAUCAAUGCAGUUGCGGUGCUUACGACCACGUGGGGUUUCUUCUGGUGUUUCUGGCCACAAGUGUAUCCGGUUACUGCGCCUGGUUUCAACUGGGCAUCGCCCAUAUUUGUUUCGGCGUUGAUUGUUGCCAUGGUGUAUUACGCCUUUCGAGGACGGCACAACUACCACGGCCCCGUUGUUUUGGUUCAAGGUCGGAGGAGGCAAGUGUCUUGA